AUGGCGAUUGCUCUGGCUGAAGCAGACAAGUAUGACAUCUUGGAGAAGAUUGGAUGCGGCUCCUUUGGCAUCAUUCGCAAAGUCAAACGGAAAACAGAUGGAUUCAUCCUCUGCCGCAAGGAAAUCAAUUACAUCAAAAUGUCCCAAAAAGAACGGGAACAAUUGACCGCCGAGUUCAACAUCCUGAGCUCCCUUCGACACCCGAAUAUCGUCGCGUACUACCACCGGGAACACCUCAAGGCCAGUCAGGAUCUAUAUCUGUACAUGGAGUACUGUGGCGGUGGCGAUUUGAGCAUGGUCAUCAAGAAUUUGAAGAAGACAAACAAAUUUGCCGAGGAAGAAUUCGUCUGGCGCAUACUCUCCCAGCUCGUCACGGCCUUGUAUCGCUGCCACUAUGGUGCGGAUCCGGCCGACGUGGGUUCCAACAUCCUGGGCCCGGCCUCCAAGCCUUCGGGUCUCAAGGGAAAACAGGGGCAGGUUACCAUCUUACACCGGGACCUUAAGCCCGAAAACAUCUUCCUCGGUAGCGACAACACGGUCAAGCUUGGUGACUUUGGUCUAUCCAAGCAGAUGCAAUCCCACGAUUUCGCAUCAACGUAUGUCGGCACGCCUUUCUACAUGUCACCUGAAAUCUGUGCCGCCGAGAAGUACACGCUGCGCUCGGAUAUCUGGGCUGUGGGCUGCAUUAUGUACGAGCUCUGCCAGAAGGAACCCCCAUUCAACGCCCGAACCCACAUCCAGCUGGUUCAGAAGAUCCGGGAGGGAAAAUUCACUUCCCUCCCCGACUGCUACUCGCCCGAACUCAAGAAUGUCAUUGGAAGCUGCUUGCGGGUUAAUCCGGACCACCGUCCCGAUACUUCUUCCCUGAUCAAUCUUCCCGUCAUUCGCCUCAUGCGCAAAGAGAAGGAGGUGGUUGACCUCGGCAAGACAUUGCGCAGACGUGAGGAAGUGGCUGUUCAAAAGGUCCGGGAAAUGGAACAAAACCUGGCCAAAAUGGAGAAGGAAAAGCAGCAGAUCAAAGGCGAGAUUGAGAGUACUGUUCGCAGGGAAUGGGAAGUCAAGGCACGACUCGAGAUUGACCGACAGGUGCAAGGCGAACUGGACCGCCUCCGUAAGCGCUUCGAGUCGGAGGUCCAGGAAAGAGUGUCUAUCGAGGUCGAGAAAUACAAACAGAACGGCAAUACUCGAGAAGAUGUGUUCCGAACGAGUACUCGAAACUCUCAGUCCUCGCGGACAAGCGGCCAAAGCCGCCGAUCUUCUAGCAACGCAAGUGAUGACAACAACAACACACCCCCGAGCACUCACCCCAGUCAGCCGUCGCUUGGAUCGCCCACCUCAAAUGGAAAGAAGCAGUUAAAGGAGAACCGCACUCCAUUCUGCCGCUCCAAAACGGUGCUGGACUCACCGGUUGAUGUUCAGAUGGCCGAGCCUUCGCCCAUCUCUAUUGCCUCUCUCUCGCUAUCUCCUCGCCGGACGUCUGGAGCUGGUGGCUCUCGAAACAUCUUCGUCGAGGGCGAGCGACACAAGGGGAAAUGGGAGCCGACCCUGGCCUACUCUGAUGAUGAGGAUGACACCCCCGACCUGCCCUCGCCUACUCGACCAAAGGUGAAGCCAGACCCUCUCAAGGCACCCCGACGACCCCUUCUUCGCCAGAACACCGCAGCCCUGAUGCAAAAACUCAGCACCCAGCCUGCUCUGUUCCCGUCCAAUGGAACCCGACUUCCCCAGGCAUCUUCUGGUGGCCCGUCCCCUUCCCAUUCCCAGUCUAGUGACUGCCAGGGCAUGAGCGAAAGCAGAGCCACCUCUCCUCACCGUCGCCUGUCGAAGAUCCCGUCGUCGGCGAACUUGGCUGCCGAUGCCGGGUCUCCAACCCGCAAAAGCGCUUCCAAGCAACUACCUCCCAAGGCCAAUGGUGGCGGCGAGGAAAUGUUCAAGGCUGUCAUGCAGCGCAACAUGGGUGGUCGCACGCUAGUGGAACUCGCUCAGGCGAGGGCGGGUGGCCGUCCUAUGGACGAGGUCAAGCGAUGUGCCAGCGACUCUCGGGCCACUGCUCCGACAAGUCUGAAGUGCUCUGAACGGGAGCCGCCGGCUAUCUGGGACCCUGAGCGGGAUGAGAUGCCCAGUCCCUUCUUGGCUCGUGGAAAGAAGGUGAUCCGCAACCUGCGGUGA